AUGGUGGACGUGGGGCGUCCUCCCGUCAGCAAUGGCCUCGUCUCCGCCUUCACGCUCGAAAUGGGCGACGAGGGCUCGGACCCGCUACUUCAUUCGCUCAACGACGUGACUGCGGCGCGGCUGCGGCGCUACCAUCAGCAGUGCAACAAGCAGUUGGACGCCACGUUGCAGCUCUUCCGAGAACGUCAGGACCGCGAACGCCGCUCUCGUGUCAGGAUCGGUCGCUCGCCAUUGAAUCUGCCAAGCCACGAGCUGCCCAGAUCGAGUACUCCCGGUCGUCAUGCUGCCGCAGAGGCUCGGCAAUGGAAAUUGCUGCGUGAGAGCAGCGACAUUAGGGUUUACCGCCUUAAAACGCGGCAAGAACGGACCUGUACUGUACAGGCUAUUGGCACUGUGCAUGGCUCGUUAGGCGACGUUAUGAAUGGGUUAUACGCAGACUCCACGAGGACCGCCAGAGUCCUGCAAAUGCUGCUGAGUCCUCGGUCUUUGGACGCCAGAGUGCUACAGGUGGACAAGAGCAGCACGGAGACCAAGCCGUUCCAGUUCUCGGGUAUCGUGUGGAUGGCGUUGAAGCUGCCUGGCCUCGGACUCUGUAGACACCGAGACUUUGUAUGCUUUAAGAAGAUGGAUGUGUUUAAAGACGAACUGGGAGAAGACAUGGGCUACAUGGUACUGCAUUCUAUUGACCCUUUAGCCGACGAGAUCUCAGUGUCUAGCUUCGAUGUGAACGCUCCCACGGGGGCUACGUGGCCUCCAGUGAGUCAAGGACACCAGAACCGAAGCCGCAGUGCCAGUUCUGUUGGUUUCGGGUCUGGUCACUUUGUUCGCGGGUUUAUUUCCCUCGCCAUCGUGUUCAAGCGUGUAGCUGACGACCGUGUAGCCAUGUUCGCUCACGGUCAGUUCAAUCCUAGUGGCCGCUUGUCACCGCUACUUGGGGACAACUGCAUCGCUGAAUGGCUUACCUCUAUGGCCAACACAGUGCAGAGUGGCCAGGCCAAGAACUUGUCCCUGUUACUAGUCGGUCAGAAGCAGACUAAUACUCAUGACCAUUCGCACUCGAGACAGCGCUGUGGCGUUUGUGCUCGCUCGCUCUUCUUCUGGGACGCACCACGGAGCUGCAGAGGCUGCUGGAAAGUCUGCUGUCGUACCUGCCGCGUGACGAAGCCAAUCUUCUGCGCGCACUAUCACCCUAACGGAGGGAAUACCGCUAACUUAACUUCGGGACCGUGCACCGAGACCUUCUGUCUUGCCUGUGUGUGUGCUGUGAUCCCUUCGGGGGCGACAAUCAACGCUCGACUGAUCAAACGACUCGCUAAGAAGCGCAAGCGUGCGCCGACAUUCUUCCGUCCGACGAUCACAGCGUCUUCCAUCACCGAUGGAUCCAAUCAGCAGCAACAGGUUCCGCCCAGGGUAUCAGAGCAUGCUGAGAGAUUACUCGCAGCCGCUGAGAUGUCAUCGAUCUCUGUGCUGUCCUCCCGAGAGUCGGAGAAGCUACAACAACACCGUCUGAGUCUCAACGCUCGACCCAAGAAACGUGCAAACGUGCAACCAGAAAUCACCGGCCACGAAGCCGAAGAAGAGGAAGACGUGGAUACGCCUAGCACCAUGCUGGAAGUGCUAGAGCACUAUCAGAUGCGUCGUCGAGGCACCGCAUCUAUCAUCUCUGGAGUCUCCUCUUCGAACGCAGGAACGUCACUGCGUUCCUUCACUUCGGCGGACUUGGCGUCUACGUCGACUACCCCGUUUAACUCCCUCCAACUUGGACAACUCGGACGAUACCCUUCGAACCACAGUCUCCUGGCUCAUAACCACAGUUUCCAUCAACGAAUUGGAGUCCCAACUACGCGACAGAGUCAAGUGCAGACUCAAAUGGAACGUCGUGGCUCCAACACCUUUCAGAACCAAAGCAGCUUCUGGCUGCCACGUCAGUCUGCACUGGUGAAGAAACCCAAAGACGCGUCGCCUCCGCUGGACGACGAAUACUACCAGCGCUUACUGCAAAACUACCUGCUCCACACCAACAGCAGUCGCAGUUUAGCCAGUGCGUUCUCCAUGAGCAGCUACGGUGGCAAAUCGUCGGCGACCUUGACAGUGCCACAGCCGCCAGUCUCACAGGAGUCGAAUGUGAUCUCGGAGCCGCAGUCGGAGCCUCCGAGUGACGCUCGAGCUGCGUCCAACUGCUCGUCCCCACGCUCGUUUAUUCUACCGGAUGGAGUGAUCUACCACCGGUUCAAGUGA